UCUCUCUCUCUCUCUCUCUCUCUCUCUCUCUCGCCCGGUCCGGCACGCGGGAAGCGCGAGGCUGCGGCGGCGGCUUGGGGCGGCCGCUCGUCCACCCGGCUGGCAGCGGGCAAAUCAGGCGUGGACCUUGGAUGCUGACGUAGCAAAGUGCUGAGGAUGGACGUGAUCGAAUGGAGAUGAAGUUACCGUGCCUGGGAUUUGAAUAUAUCGGGGGCUUUCUUGGAGGAUUGCUGUAAUUUAGAUUGUCUUGUAUGCUGAUCGGUGGUGGAUUUAUGGAGGGGCCCGGGCGCACCUUUGAGCACUGCCACGCGCAACAUCCCGCCCGCUGAAGGAAGGCCGCCACCGCUCCGCUCGAACCUGGCGCUGAGCCCUCGGGCUUAACCAUUCAGAUCCCCCGUGCAUGGCUCUUGCCGCGAAAAGUGGACUUCUGCGGGUUGCUCUCCCAGCCUGAGUUGUUCCGGGCUCCCGUCGCUGGCCCAAAAUAUUUUACAUAUCCAGAUGGGGUAACGUGACAGCGCCGGAAGGACACCGGUGGGUUAACCGAAUGCAGAGGCCUUUCUAAAGAGGGAAGAGCUAAGAAGGGGAGCCGAACGGCACCGAAGGACGACUACUCGAAAUUGCACACACCAAUUGACACUACAGAGGGUUUUUUCUAAGUAUUACUCAGCAAUCAAGCACAGGGUUUCUUUUUCUAAUUGGAUGAUUUAGAGAAUCCAGCCUAUACUCUCCCCAAAGCUGGGAGUAUUUGCACAACAUUUGUGUUGAUUGGGGAGGGAAAGAUAGUCUUUUGCCAAACCCUCGAGUCACUUUGUUUUCCCGCUGCCCUGCACUUCGUUUUCUUUCUGGGAUUUUUGCCCCGCUCUGCCCCCCUGGCUGGUUCUAUUUUUUCCUGCCAUGGCUCGCAUGAACAGGCCUGCUCCCGUCGAGGUUUGCUACAAGAACAUGAGGUUCCUGAUAACCCACAAUCCUACUAAUGCCACACUGAACACCUUCAUUGAGGUAAGUCAGGUGGGCGGGUUUGAAGGACUGGGUGUGGAUAACGUGAAGUCUGUUUAUGUUGAACUGCAUGAACUCCAUCCCUUGAGGCAGCCUUUCCCAACCUGGAUGGAAGAAGCAAAGCCUGCCUGGAAUGCUGUUUGCUCCAGCGUCCUCUGCCGCUGGCGCAGGUUCCCGAAAAGCCGCUCUUCCCCCCAAGUCAUUUGUGCCUUUCAGGACGACUGUGGAUUGUCGAUCUUUGCACCUGCCAGGUUUUUGCUGUGCCUGCCGAGUUUCACGCCUGCCCCUCUCCCACUUGCUCUUCCCAGGAAACGCCGGGGAGCCAUCAACAGCAAGCAGCUCACGUACCUGGAGAAGUACCGGCCAAAGCAGCGGCUGCGCUUCAGGGAUCCCCAGAACCACAAGAACAAGUGCUGCAUCAUGUAACCUUCGUCAUAGCCUCUUGCCAAAGCCCACCUCCAGGGGAAGGCAAACACACGCCCGCCCGCACCCGUGUGAAGUCACAGGAGGGGGCUUUGGUGCCACAGCCUAUUCUGCCGGUCAGCUUUCUCUUAAGUUUUGCCGAAGGCUCGGGAGAAAGCCCUGCAACCGGCUGUAUUUGUUUCAGAGGCUGGGAGCAAUGUCAGUUUCUCAUUCCCCUCCCCAGAUGCUCCUCCGGGGAAGAGCUCUGUGCCCCGACGUCCAACCCCCGUGCCGCCCCUCCUCAGUUUCCCCUUGUCCUGCAGGGUUCAGAGAGGCAGGAUGAGGCCAGCAGCUCCGCAUCUUCCAGGGCAGGGGGGAAGCCCAGGCAGCAGCCGCCGCCGCCGCAAGGGUCUUGGGCCGGACUGGUUUCUUUUGUAGCCCCAGUGCAGGAUGCCAGCAUGGUACCUCCCAGCCUCGCUUCCCCGUAACCUGUGCAGCUGAGGACCCCCCCCCCAUGCCAAAAGCAGCCCCUCCGUCCUGCGGGACGGCUGCGCACGGCACUCUGCAGCUGGGAGUGCAGCCACCAUCAUGAUGGGGGUCUGGCUUGCGAGGUGCCAUUCCAGUGGAUUCCCACCCUCUGACUCGUAGCUGUGACACACCUUCCCCCGUUGGCUGCUGUGACCUUUGGGCUAAACUCGCAGAGAGGAGGUGAUCUUUCCCCCUUCAUUUGGAGAGUCUGGAUGGUGUGAUCCGUAUUCGGCGUGAGGAGGGGAAGGCCAGUCUCCCUAAAGGUGCCACGGUUGAGUUCUGAGUUGUCGGUUUCCCAGCUCCGUGCGCGCAAGUUGCUGCCUUCUCGCGGGAAGCCAUGCAUCUUCCGUCCUUGCCGCUACCUUGGAAAGACUCCCCAGCUUCAGACGCUAUUCGGGAAAAUGCUUUGCAUGUCAGUGCAAGGAAGAGGCAGGGGUGGGGUUCCGCUAGGGACUUCGUCUUUGGGCUGAGAACAGAAGGAUUUGGAAGUGGGCACGUUCUGGUUUGGCAGGGGAAGUGCGGAUGGGGCAGGGUGCGUGCAGCCGGGGGCAGAGCUGUGUGGAACGUGGGCUGCAAGAGCCAAAGAUCGUGCUGGCUGGGGCUGAUGGGAGUAGCGGUGCUCCGCUGCUGGAGGUGCAAGGCUGAGGACAGCUGGUGUGUACGUUGGGUCUGGAUUUGAGAAUGAGAGUCGGGGGCUACACUUUGCCCCAUGCUGGGUCCUCAGAGGCUUCGGGACUUCUGCCGUUUGUGGGAUUCGUGGAAUAAGUUGAUUUGAGGGUCCUGCCCCCCUCCACCCACCCACCUGGCCUUUUGAACCCUAUGCUUUUGAACGAGUGAGCAGUGCCUCCUGGGGAACUCGGCGGAAUUGGCGCUAGCCGCUUGGCCCCACUCCUUUGGCCGUGACGGCCGUGGUCUCGGCUGCCAGGAGGAGCCCCCGCCGUGCACGUCGCGUGCCUGUCUGGCGCACGCUCGGUGGGCUCAGCUUGUGCUGCAGGGAACGCUCUGCUCUGCUCUGCUCUGCGUCUUGAAGCGCUCCAUUGGCCUGCAGUCCCUCCCUCGUGUCCAGGCCAUCCUGUUGCCACUCGGUGCUGCAGCUGCCUGCGUUUCCUCCCUGGCCCCUUCCUCCGUGGGCAUUUCUGUGCCUGGCUGCUGCUUUAACAGCGACCUGCCAGAACGGCCUGGUGCAUUGACAGCCGCCCCAGGCAGCCGAGGCCGGCUCUUCACCGAGGUGCUUGGCCUGCGUCUGGACUGCACAGCACUGGCAUUGCAGUGGGUUCUUUUUCAAAAAAGAACAAGUUUGAUGCAUGUAGUAUUAUUUAUGUCGCUUAUUAAUUUAUGGCGAUUCUUGGCCACCUGGAGAAAGUGGGCGAUCAGCGGAAGAAAUACUCUGGAUCCAUAAAAUAAUUCCAUCCGUGUAAAAACUGGCAUCUUUGUGCAGCAUUCAGGUGCCUGCCCUUCUCUUGGGCAUCUGAUUUUCUGAGUGCGUCUGGCUGCACAAGCCUCCUCCUGCAGUGCGGUGGGCACAGUCCAUGCUCUGGCUUACUCUCGCACGCGAGCUAAGCCAGCUGGGGAAAGAGAUGCAUGACGAGCUGAGCGGGGUCCCAGUCCAGGCCGUGGGGGUUGAGGCUGAGUGGUUCUUCGCCCUGCUGUCUGUGAUAAAGACUGUGAUGGAGAAGAGGCAUCUGUGAGCAGGCUGUGGAGAAGGGUGCUCUUGUAGCAUUCAGAUCUGUGGCAGAGGAAAGGGACAAAGAAGAAAUGUAUUUGGAGAGGAUGGGGAGCUUGGCCUAGGAGAAGAUAGGCUAACUGAGCUUUUCUGGCUCUUUGUAGGUUGUAAGGAGGUCCCCAAGGCUCCCCGAACCUUCGUUGUGUGGCAUGGUCCUUUUCUCCAGGAGACCUAAGUGGAAUCUUGAGCACCAAUCCUUCACACUUCUAUUAAACAUACCAGACAUGUUACCGGAGGCAUUUUUGGCUUUUCCAAAGCUAGAUCACUGAGUGGUUCUCUGGUGCAUAAGCUAGAGCACAGGUGCAUUGGAGACUUGGCUGUGGCCUUCCAAGCCGGGAUCACAUCUCACUCUGGGGACCCUGCUCUUCCUGAAGUCCCGGGCUGGGAAAAUCACGGGACAGCCUUGGAAGGACCCUCCCUUAAAGCAGUGAAGGCCCCAUCCAUGGGAUGAGUCUCUGAGCGAGCCCUCUGGGAAAAGAAGGCACUCGCUGCCCGUGCCUUGUGACCCACGGAAAGCUGCUUUCCACAAAGGUGGGCAUUGCCUUCUUUGGACGGCCAGAGGCCCUCCCAGAUUUUGGGCACGGCUCUUCCCCAGCCCUCUUACCUAUGAUGCCACCAGCAGAAGUGUCGGGGAUCGAAGCCAAGACCUCCUGCCUGCAGCAGCUGUGUCCUGCCCCCCCCCCCGUCCCCCACGUUGCAGUUUCUCCCCGUUGAUCAGGGCACCAGAUCUCAUGACAUGGCAGGCGCAGCCUUCCUUUGCCUCUCAAGCAAGUCCUUUUUCCAGGAAAGGACUCUUGGUGUAGGACUGUCUUCUCCAGAUGCUUUGGACCAGUGCAGCUCCCCUCGACCGUUUUCUGCUAAUGCUGGUUGCAGAGGGUUGCAGUCCAAAUCACCCAGAGCAGCGGUGUCCAACCUUUGCAUAGCUGGGGACCAGUGAAGACAGGAAAACCACUCGGGGACCGCUGAGGCUGAAACAAAAAGCAUCAUACAAUACAUAAUUCUGUGUAUGAGUUUUCCAACACAAUACGAAAAAUUCUCCAAAACCACCAGAAACUGAGCAGCAAAAACUGCCAGCAAAAGAUCAAAAUAUUGAAAUCGGUGCAGCGUGGCUCCCACGGAGUGUCUCUCCCCUCCCUGGUCCCUCCAGUGGCACCAGUGCACACCCUGCGGGCACGAUGCCAACUGGGGAAGAGGUGGUGGGGCACAGCCAGCCCCCAUGCAGGGAGCGGGAAGCGGCCCUCCCAUGGACUGGCACUGGUCCACAGACUGGCGGUCGAAGACCGCUGCUCUAGUGGGUGCCAAGCACAGAAGACACCGUCCUUCCCCCACCUGCCGCACUUCCCCCAGAGGUGAAGUUUCUGGUGCCCCUUUCUCCUGGGCAGACCAACGAAGGGGCUCUCCCUUCCUCCUGAGUUGGCGCAUUCAGCAGAAUGGCUCAGGGCUGGACUGACCACUUAGCCUGGAGCCGGGCUUUGGGUGCUGUCGGCUGUCCCCUCCUAGCCGCACUCCUUCCUUCCCUCGGCUGCUUCCAGCUGCAGCCUCGAGGGCAUUUUCACUGCCUUUAGUUGCCCCUUCCUGGGGCAAAAUGCUGUCUUGCUCAGGGCCAGCCCACCUGUCCUCUCUCUCUGCUCCCUUGAGGCCUCAUUCUCCUGCCUCUUGAUGGAAAGCUCACCUGGGGCCUUGCCUCCAUGAACGGACCUGCCCUCUGGACUUCAUUGCCAGAGAGAGAGCGGCGUACUGCACGUCACCUCUCUGAAUUCGUUGUCCCAACACUGUCUCCUCCGCUCGGGAAACCAGGCCCCGGCACCUCUUCGGUUCCUCCCAUGGCUCUUCCCAGCCGGAGAACGAAGAAGGUGAGCUGGCCCAGGAUGCUUCCCCAGGCGAUGCUUCUGAUUCUUGAAGGACGCGUAAGGCAACAGAUGGGCCCAGCUUCUCUCCCAUCGCAGUGCAGGUCAAAUCCAGCAAUGCUCCUGGCAGCGUGGAUCUCACUUCCUGGGAGGAGAACCGCAGACCCGGGCGAGCCCGCACGUCGCCGGGCGUUUCGCUCUUCCAUUGUGCCACAGCACUGAAACUUGCAUGCCGCUUCUUGCAAAUGUUGUGCAGCAGCGCACUGGCACCGGGGAGACGAUGUGGUCUGUGUGCACUUCGCACUAAAAGCCGGCGAUAAUUUCAUACCCGUGCAGUCUAAGCGAUGUGCCAAGCAAGCCGGCGUUGCAUGUUUUGUGUGGCGAGGCAAGAGGAGAACGUGUAGAGACAGAACGGAUUUUCAAGCAUGCUUUCCGGCAAGGUCUUUGAAAUGGCUCGUUUGGCACAGCAAAGUUGUCGGUAGCUCUCCGGCAUGGGUGACGGCUUUGCCUUGACCAUUGAGUCGAGAGCUUUCCCCCAGAUGCACCAGUCAAAACAGGCCAUCAAGCAUCCCCAGGAUGGCUCUCCAUGUUGCAAAAAGCUGCUUGCUGUGUCCUUUACAGCUUUGCUGUGCAUCGACACAAGAGCUCUCUCUCUCACAAACUCACAGCUAAUGGAAGCAGGCUCUUUGUGUGUGGUGUUGCUCAUGUCAUUUGCGUGUGGGACUCCCAGGCAGGGGCUGAUCUAUGUAGGAAGCGGCUCUGUGGACCAGAGUUCCCCAGAGAGAUUAAAGCACCUUAACUCCUGGACAGAUACAUUGUGCUUUGCCCCGGUAAACUCUGGCCUUCGCUGUUCUGAGAAAAGUUUCUUAAAUUUGAGCUGCGGACGAUCUCUCAGCUGUAGAACGCAUGCCCUGAAUCCCAGAAAUGUGGUGCUUUCUCUUUAAAGCAAAAGUUUCUUUUCGGUAUUUGCAUGCCCUGGCUUUAUCGGGCUGCUGAAAUCCGGGCUUCUAUUUUUAAAUCAGGGCUGCACCUCCCUCACCGCAGAAGGUUUUCUGUUGACUGUCUGUGUACAUUGCUCCGUGAAGUACCCACCACUUUGUUGAGCGGGGUACGAUUUCCUCUACCAAGAACUCGGAGGUGUACCCAGAAAGUCACGGGGUGCCGACAUGUGAUUUACAUGCAAAGUCAGCCAGUUGGUGCAAUGCAAAGCUCUUAUUUCCAAAAAGCAAAUUUGGGUGUGUGUGGCGGUGGGGGCUGGGGGAGACUCAGCCAGUGCAAGGAAACAGGCCAGUUUUGCUUCUAAGACGACACUGAGGUGGAAUUUCUGUUUCUAUUUAUUAUGAUUUCCACAUAUCACCCCAUUCCCGUAGGUUCUGGGUGGAUUGUAAGUGAUUAAAGCCAGCAGUAAUUCAGUAUUUAAACUAAAAACAAGCCGAUUGAAUCAAACUAAUCUGGGAAGGCCUGUUGGAAGAGAUGCAUCUUUAACUCUCUCUCUGAAGGUCGCAUCUCUCCCAGAAGGCCAUUCCACAGUUUAGGAGCAACCAUUGAGAACAUCCUAUGGAUACUUGACAUUAAUCUUGCAGAAGCAAAUUUCAGAAGAUGGUCCCCAGAGGACCUUAGUAGCUGAAGUGGAAUAUAUGGGCAAUAUUUUUAUUUAUUUCUCCUUGUAACCAAUGCAGCAGAAUCAAGUGUCGGCGCUUUUCCUGGCAUUCAAAGUGCCAGGAAACGUGUACACAGAACAGGCUCCCUGCAGGUAGACAGCUAGCCCUUCAGGAAGAGGAAGCCCAACUUCUCACGCUGCACAAUUUCCCCCAGUGGAGCAUUUAACAAAGUUUUUUGCUCUUGGCCCCGAAUGGUGCAGCCUGAGACAGGGAUGUACCGAAUGCUGCCAUCUUGGGUAGGGUUGCCUGGAGGUAGGUGGUGACCCCGAAGCACCAUUUAGCAGCCGUUGCGUCUCCUGAACCCUGCCAGGUUUUAAUGAAAAGGGCUGCUCACGGGUUCUCUUCCAAGGAAAGAAUCAUUCCGUGUGCAUCUGUGUUCCACUGCCAGUUUGCUUGCUGAGGGGUUCUUUCAGGAAGAGUCUUCCUCGGCACCCUCCUUUCCCUAGUCCACCACCACCUCCUGGCAUGGGUGCGCACACUUUCCGCACCGUUUUUUCCAGCCCUGAUUAAUGUCCGGAGAAGAUCCCUCGGAGGCUGAUACGCUUUUCUGCUCGUGAUGAGGUGGGGGGAGAAUUUGAGGCCAAACCGGCCAGAAAAAGUGUUUUUUUAUCUAUUGUGCAUUCAGGGGGUCUCUUCAAAGGCGCAGGCUCCAAAUUUUCUAAAAGGCCCUUUCUGAAACUCGUGUGCUUCCCUAGGCCACACACACCUUUGCAAAAUCUCUUGGGUCUUCUUUCUUUCUGUAAUUCUUCAUUACACGGAAAUGUCUUCAGACUGGUCCAGCUGAAACAUCAACAUGCCAGCAUUUUUAAUAGCCUUAUAGUGUGGGAAUCUUGAAGCUAAAAUAAAGUAAAAGUUUUUGUGUAACCUUUAGCUGGAAGAAAAACGUAUAAAAGGAAAAAAAUUGCAA